AUGAGUAAGCUAACGGGAGUGGAUCUGAUUCGAGAGCCCAAUAUCAACAAGGACCUUGCCUUUACCUCGCGAGAGCGUGAAGUGUACAAGUUGAAGGGCCUCCUGCCGCCGGUGGUUCGCUCUCAGGAGCUGCAGGUAAAGAUCGCCAUGGAGAACAUUCGAAUGUGUCAGGACGAUCUGGCGAAGUACAGCUACCUGCGCGACCUGCAGGACAACAACAAGCGACUCUUCUACCGAGUGCUGCAGCUGCACACCAAGGAGCUGAUGCCCAUCGUCUACACGCCCAUCGUCGGCCUGGCCUGUCAGAAGUACAGUCUGAUCUUCAAGAAGCCGCGCGGCAUGUUCAUCACCAUCAACGACGCGGGACGCGUCUUUGAGGUGCUCAACAACUGCCCUGAGCCGGAGAUUAAGGCAAUUGUGGUGACUGACGGCGAGCGCAUUCUCGGUCUGGGCGACCUGGGCGCCAACGGCAUGGGCAUUCCCGUGGGCAAGAUGGCCCUCUACUCGGCCAUCGGCGGCAUUCCCCCGGAGCUGACCCUCCCGGUUACCAUUGACGUGGGCACGAACAAUCAGUCCCUUCUCGACGACCCCUACUACAUUGGCCUGCGACAGAAGCGGGCCACCGGUCCGCAGUACGACCAGCUGAUUGACGAGUUCAUGGAGGCGGUCGUCAAGAAGUGGGGCCGCUCCUGUCUGAUUCAGUUUGAGGACUUUGGCAAUAAGAAUGCAUUCCGACUGCUGCACAAGUACCAGAAAAAUUACUGCACCUUUAAUGAUGACAUCCAGGGAACGGCCUCGGUGGCGGUGGCCGGCAUUUUGGCCAGUCUGAGAAUUACCGGACAGAAGAUUAGUCAGCACAAGUUUCAGUUUCAGGGUGCAGGCGAGGCCGCUCUUGGCAUUGCCGACCUCAUUGUGAUGGCGAUGAAGAAGGAAGGCCUUGGUGAACAGGAGGCCAGAGAUCGAAUCUUCCUCUGCGACUCUCAAGGUCUGGUGACCACUACUCGAGAGGACAAACGCGGCAAAGACCCUCAUAAGGAGAAGUACGCCAAAAACACUAAAAACUCGGCAGAUUUAGCAGAAAUAGUUGACAUUGUCAAGCCAACGGCCAUCAUUGGUGUCGCUGCGAUUGCACAGGCUUUCAACGAAAAGGUGCUGAAGAAGAUGGGUGAAAUCAACCAGCAGCCGCUCAUCUUCGCCCUCUCCAACCCGACCUCCAAGGCGGAGUGCACCGCCGAGCAGGCGUACCAGGCGACCGAGGGCCGGUGCAUCUUCGCCUGUGGGUCGCCCUUCCCCCCGGUGACGAUCAAGGGGAAGACGCACCUGCCCGGCCAGGGCAACAACGCCUACAUCUUCCCCGGCGUGGCGCUGGCGGUGAUGGCCUGUCAGGUGCACGAGAUUCCCGACGAGGUCUUCCUGGUGGCGGCUUUCGCCCUCGCCGACCAGGUGGCGGCCAGCGACCUGGAGCAGGGCAGCGUCUACCCGCCGCUGGAGAACAUCUACGACGUGUCGCUGCGCAUCGCCCAGCGCACCGCCGAGUGGCUGUACGCCGAGGGAUACGCCCACCACCGGCCCGAACCCGACGACAAGUACCUCUUUCUGAAGAGUCGCCUCUACGACGCCUCCUACGAUGGCUCGCACUUUAGCCAGCACGUGGAGGAGAUGCAGAAGGCCUGGCAUGCCAAUGGAAACUAG